AUGGAAGGGCAGUGGAGGCUAGAUCGGCUACCGCCAGAGAUCUUCUCGAUGAUCUUGCGCAAGCUCAAGCCACGUCAAAUAAAGCCUCUCAUGCAGACCAGCAAGACCAUUAACGCAAUGGCCAAGUCAAUGUUUUACAGGAGAAUGAUAUUCUCCAGAGAUAGACAUUUUAGACGGUUUCUGAGAGUCGCCAAAGGAGAUCCUAGAAUUCUUAACAUGAUCCAUCACUUGGACGUCAAAAACGUUGAUGCUCGAUAUUUCUGGCUGCUCCUCUGCCUUAACCUUCGAAACAUCGAGAGCGCCACUUUGAGUAAUGGAGAGACGAUGAUCUUUGGAGCCCGUGACGGACUCGCUGAUUUCCAAAACAUGGCCUCGCUUUUGACCGGACGUAUAACCCCUAAGCCUAGACUGAAGACUGUAUCUUAUGAUAUCCGGAGCCCAGACCCGCGUGUUUUGUCUCUGGAUGAGAUCAAACUAUUCCGCUACCCCAGCCUUACGUCCUUGCGCCUCCAUAACGUUAGACUAGAUCUUUAUGCCCCUGAUCUAGUUCAGCCUCUUCCAUUUGAGAAUCUAGAGUCCCUCCAUCUAGAAAUUUACAAUUAUACUGACAAGAUUCUGGAAAGACUCUUGCGAAAUGCAAAGAAACUCAAGCGCUUCGAGUUUCACCACCCUAUGAAUGAAUCAGACCGAAAUAUCCCGAACUUCCCACGACUUCUAAGAACAUGCCGAGAGACUAUCAAGGUCAUAGAACUCUACUGGGACUGUCGCCGCCCGGCCUUCGAGGACAAGCCCAUGAAAUUCGCCAACUUCACAUCUCUUCAAUAUAUCGCCGCCCCACCAAGAGUUCUGUUUGGAGCUUACCCCUACGAACGCGAUAUUGAGUGGUUGCCCAAGCUCAGGGAGCACCUACCGCCAAGCUUGAAGGUGAUGUUCUUGCAAGACAUUGAAAUCUAUGAAAAGACCCCGCUAUUGCCCUCAGGCCAACAACUUACCGAUGACUACGUCCCAUGGUGGUAUUUGAUGCCUGCCGAUUAUGACAUGGUUAAAACUCUGCUCGAUUAUGAGGCAUUGUUUCCAGCGCUUUCUAUUAUUGCGUGGACGUCACCAGUAGGCACAGAACCGCCGUGGCAACUCGAUGAGCCUGCCGUCAAAAUCGGUAUCGAACUUAAGUGCGCGAAAACCAGGAUACAGUUGGAACCAGACGAAGAGUGGCUUGAUGAGCUGGAAAGAAACCCAGCGACGGUGUACUCAGAUACUGCUUCAGAGUUUUCAGAGACUGGUUCAGAGGAGGCUACAGUGGAUAAGUCCUGA